AUGUGUUUCCUUAAGUGUGCAGAUUUUCUUCCCAUAGGAACCAAAUAUUCACUUUCUACAUGUUCAUAUCUUCAUAGUUAUCACCAGAUAAAUUAUCAUUUCAGCAUUUUACUUUCACUUGAGAAACUUUCUGAAAUCCCUUCAGUGAAUAUGAAGAACAGCUCAACAGUAUCUGAGUUCAUUCUGUUAGGACUCACCAGCAGUUGGCCACUAUCGGUUUGUUUUCUAAUAGUAUUUUUAUUGGCUUAUGUAGCAAUCAUAGGAGGAAAUCUUUUAAUUGUGUUCACUGUAACCUUUGACUCAUAUCUGCAGUCCACACCAAUGUACUUCCUCCUUGGAAAUCUCUCCUUUCUUGAUAUGUGCAUUUCCACCAUCACAACCCCGCAGAUGGUCAUCGAUUUCCUGAGGGAGAAGAAAACUGUUUCCUUGUGGGGCUGUAUGGCUCAGAUGUUCUUCCUUCACUUCUUAGGGGGCAGUGAAAUGACUCUGCUCAUAGUCAUGGCUGUGGAUCGGUACAUUGCAAUAUGCAGACCUCUGCGCUACUCAAUCAUCAUGAACCGCAGGGUACUCCUGGGCUCUGUGCUGCUGUCAUGGGCAGUUGGCUUUGUGCAUACCAUGAGCCAGAUGGUUUUCAUGGUCGCUUUGCCCUUCUGUGGCCCCAAUGUGGUGGACAACAUAUUUUGUGACCUUCCUUUAGUGCUAAAGCUUGCCUGCUCUGAGACCUACGUGUUGGAGUUGCUGGUAAUCGCGGACAGUGGAUUUCUGUCUUUCCUUUGCUUCGUCCUCUUGCUCAUUUCCUACACUGUCAUUCUGGUGACUGUGCGACGUCAGUCGGCGGGUGGCCUCUCCAAGGCUCUGUCCACACUGUCUGCUCACAUUACAGUGGUCACUCUGUUCUUUGGGCCAUGUAUCUUCAUUUAUGCGUGGCCAUUUAAUAACUUUUCAGUGGAUAAAUUUCUUUCUGUGUUUUAUUCUGUGAUUACACCCUUGCUGAACCCCAUUAUUUAUACACUGAGGAAUCGGGAGAUGAAAUCAGCCAUGAGCCGACUGAGGGCUCAACACAUCAGUUCCAGAUAG